AUGAAUGAUGCUCUCACCAAGAUGCAAACCAACAUUGAUGAUUUGAGAGGCAUGGAAAAGAAACAUAAAGAAGAUAUUGCAAAAGAAGAAAUCGAGUUGGCUGCAACAAAUGAUGAACUUGAGCAGGGAAGAAUCAACCAGAAAAUUGAUCUGCUGAGAGAGGAACUUGAUCUCAUUGAAGCACACAUCCCUAUUCUAAUUAAUGAGAGACACACUUUGGUGAGGGCAAAAACCAUGAAACCUAUAUCCACGGUUUUCAAGACUUCAUACAAUGCUAAAAGAAAAUUCUACAAUUGA